GUGGUGAUAACGAAUGCUGCAUUAUAUUUUUACGAUUAUUGCAUUUAUGAUAACAAAACGUCAAUGAUAUUUUUUAAGAACAACUCUUUCCCCCGAUUUUCUCCAGCCGCAAGCUUCAGUUCGUUUUCCGGUCAGCCGAACAUCUGCCCAAGGUGCAACAAAACAGUGUACUUCGCUGAAAAGGUCAGUUCCCUGGGUAAAGACUGGCACAGACCCUGCCUGCGCUGUGAGAGGUGCAGCAAGACUCUGGCUCCGGGCAGCCACGCAGAGCACGACGGUCAGCCUUACUGCCAUAAACCCUGUUACGCCGUUCUCUUUGGGCCGAAAGGAGUGAACACUGGAGGUGUUGGCAGUUACAUUUACGAGGACCCAAACAAUGAGGGCCAGUCCUAAGAAAAACAGCCACACCAGCAGUAUUGUUAGCAACCUUAGAUUCAAGCCUCUUGUCUGCUUCCUUUAACUCCACUUCCUCUCUUUCUCGAGUCUGCACUGAUCUUGUUCAUCUACAGAGUGCCAUACAUACUAAUUGUACUAAAACGAGCUAGUAUUACUACUUACUAACGGGGAUAUGUGUUUAGACUUUUUGCUGUAUUUAUAUAUGGUUUAUAUAUUUUUAAGGACGUGGUUAGGGUAUUGAGUUUUUUUGACUGUGACAUUGAAUUUAACACAACAAAAUUCUGUUCAGAAUAAAAUGUUUUUGCCAUUAGUUCUAACAUGUUUAGUUGUGUAGCACUUUAGCACUCUUAUUUAUUAAAGGCUGGUUUACUGACACCAUGUUUUCUGAACUUUGCACUGAAGGUCUGUUUGUGUAUUUAAAAACUUUGUAUUUGAAAUAAAAAAAUAAAAAUGG